CAACACUGGAUCCUUAACUCACUGAGCGAGGCCAGGGAUUGAACCUGCAUCCCUGUGGAUACUAGUCAGUUUCGUUAACCACUGAGCCACGACAAGAACUCCUAGGAUAGCGUUCUUAAACAUGAUAUUCUUCUGGCUGAAUCACAUUGGGACAGGCCCUCCACUGAGGUUCUAGUAUUGGUGUGGCUGGGGCAGGGGUCCCUCUGACAGGGCUCUACAGGGAUUGUGCAAUCAGAAAAAUGCCAUCGUAAUGUUGCUCUUCAAAAGCUCCGCUGAUACUUAAAGGGUUGGCACAUACUAGGGAGGCCUCGUGGGAAAUGUGGCAGAGGCCUGGCCCUCGAAGAACUGAGACAUUAUCAAGAAACACUUCCCCCUUCUUCAGAAUCAUCCACUGAUCCAGAAGAAAAGUUCUCAGAACUUCUGUCUGGUUGGCACACUGAGUUUUUUGAUGAAAGUUGGAGAGAGGAAAACUGUUAUGGUGAAGAAAAAUCUCUCUCUCUCUCUCUCUCUCUCUCUCUCUCUCUCUCUCUCUCUCUCUCACACACACACACACACACACACACACACGCACACACACACACAGAGACAGGGAGAGAGAGAGAGACAGAGCCAUCAACCGAAGCCACUAAAUUAUCCUUAAUAAAGGAAAACUUGCAGAAUGCCAAGGUUUAUUUCCUCCCCCCUUUGACAUUGCUUUUUUAUUUGCAGAAAACUCAGGACUAGGAGACAGUGGUUUUCUCUUACUUUAAGCUGCGUGAUUUGGACAGCCAAGGCCUGGAACAUCCCAGUGCCCAGGCUCCUGGAACUUUCCCCCCUUCUCCAGGCACAUUUCUCACAUGGGUGCCCUGGGUCCACAACACAUCUGGAAUAGAGCAAUCCUGCCUUCUUCCUUGGGGGGUGGGGGGACCACAAGAGGAAUGGCAUUUUCCAGGUGGCACAAUUGACGCUCAAAAUUGUCAAGGGGAAGGACAAGGUGCCAACAUCUAGGGGAACACUGGGCUUUUGUGGUCUGCCAACUUGAAAUCCAGCUCUCACUCAUAAAUCGUCAUGUAACCAUGUGAAGGAUUAUGUAGGGGUUUUGUAUUUAUAUGGUGUGUGUGUGCCCUCUUGUUCCUGAUAAUUCCAGCAGCGGGGCUGGUGGGGACACUUGGUCCACCUCACCAAGCACUUAACAAGAGACCCGACAACAGCAAUACGUUACUUCUUUUGUUUGGACCUCAUCUUCACACCCACUGGCGCUGCAACAGCCUGAAUGAAGUGUGCUCGGGGGCUUUGUGUGGGGGAGAAAGAAUGAAAAUAAUGGCCAUUCAGGCAAAAGAAAGCUUUUUCAUGCUUUUCAGAAAGCAGUCUUGUUUUCCUUGUUGUCCCUCUGUUCACAUAAUAGCCUCAUCCUUGUCCUUCGUUGAAACGCACCCCAAGCAAGGAAAACAUCUCACCCUGCACACAGCAAAUGUGUGCUCUUAAAGUGAUCAUCACAGAAGGUGUGGGCCUAAGAGGACCAUCAGACCCAGGGUCUAGAGGUGGUGAGAGGAGGGGGCCUCCUUCUCAGAGUGAAGGCAGUGGCCAGAUGGCUCUGGAUGGUGGGAGGGGCUUGUUUAGGAAAUUCAGUUUUGUCUGGCAGGAUCUGGAGAAGGAAAAACACAUAAUUUUUACCUUAAUCCCCCGACCAUGCAUACUGAUCCGACACUUAGUAUGCCCCAGGCCCGGUGCUGGGUGUAUCUUCUGCAUCAUGUGACAUACACAAAAUGGAAAGAAAUGAUUAUUCUUCCUCUUUUCCAAAUGGGGAACCUAAAGUCUAGAGAGGUCAACUUGCUCCCCCCAGUGACACUCACCUGGGAAGUGAGUCACGAUUCAAAUCCAGGUACCAUCUGACCCUCUGCACCAGCCUCUUCAACACCACCCCAGGAUUCUCAGAAUCAAAUUUCCCAGCCUUCCGAAUGUCAGGGGAUGAUGCUUAAAUGAAGAUAGAGAUUUUAGGGAAGGUUACUUUGAGAACCUUGGGUGGGUGUCCCAAGUUCACUUGACAUCUCAUUUUUAGGCAGGGACUUCGGGGAGCUGCAUGUUGUCUCAAUUGACCAAAGGUCUGGGAGGCAGAAUGAGUGAGGGCCUCAGCCUGACCUAGGUCUGGAUGUCCUAUAACCAGCUCAGUGAACCUGGACUCUUCACUGCUCUUCCAUGGGAGUUGGGAACCUGAGCUCUUUGCUCCAGCCUACUCUCAUUAAAUUAGUAACGAGCUGGAAUAUCAUAAAAGUCUUCCUGGCUAUAAGAUCCUCUUCUCCUGCAUCUCUCCGGGCAGCCCUUUUCUGGGUGAUUUCUGUUAGUUGUUUUUUGUCUGUUGAUCUCAAUGACAGGAAACCCACUGGAGCCACAAGGACCGUUGAGACCCUGCUUUGUGAGCCUUGAAGAGAUUCUUGCCUUUGUGAGCAACAGGCCUCCUGCCCCCUCCUGAGGCCACCCUUAGCCCACCAACAUUUUUACAUCCAGUCGAAAUCCCACUUCCAAGGCCUUGCCGGUAAAUUAGCUCUUUCCGAUACCAUCUUUAGAGUCAUUACAGUGGUAGCUUGAAAUCAGUCAUUGUAGGAGUAUUUACACCACAGAAAUUGGCCGGCAUUACAGAUCAGGGCUUUGUUGUUGUCAUUAUUGUUGUUUUGAGAGUUGGUUUGCCAGUUCACCACUGUGCAGACCUACUACCCCACCAAUCAUUGCACCCCAACCAUACACUCACUACCCGCUCUGGUCACUGGUUCAUCAUGUGUGCUGUGCAUGUCUGUCUCCAGAGACUGUGGGAGGGAUAGCACCAUAGAAUUCAUUAUGCCUCUUCAGCACCAUCAUGGUACACUAUAAAUAGUAACACUCCCCAGCAUCUAUCACUGGUCUUCAUUUUAUCUACUUGGGUAUAAUUUUCCUCUAAAAUGUUUCCGAUGUUAUCUAAUUUUCCUGUAGCAAAUUGCCAUUCAUUCGUUCAUCAACCAUUUGUUCAUACCAGGGAGCAUUGACAAUGUGUCAGGUGCUAGAUCAUAAGGCAGAGUGCCUAGCAGUAAAUAGAGGAGAACUCUGCCCACAGGGAGCUCGCCUUCUAGUCCAAAGAGACAGAAAAUAGACAGGUAAACCAAUAAUAGAUCCUGUCUGAGAGCAGUAAAUGAUACAGGAAGGGUAACCUCGAAGGAUGGAACAGGGGAGCUGGUGGCUGGGUGGUGCAUCGUCCAAGAGAAGGGUGUAUUUUAGUUUCUUAUUGCUCCAGUAACAAAUCACCACAAUUUUCUUGGCUUAAAACAAUUGAAAUAGAUUGCCUUAUAAUUCUGGAGGUCAGAAGUCUAAAGUGGGUUGGCAGGGCUGCGUUCCUUCUGGAGGUUCUAGGGAAGAAUCCAUUUCUGGCUUUUUCCAUCGUCCGCAGGCUGCCUGAGUUCCUUGGCUCUGGGCGCUGCAUCCCUCCGACCUCUGCUUGUGUCGUCACACUUCCUUCUCCGACUCUGACUCUCUUGCCUCCCUCUUUCCCUCACAAGGACCCCUGUGAUGACCUUGGAUCUGCUCAGAUAGUCUGGAAUAAUAUUCUCCUCUCAGAAUCCUUAACUUCAUUGGAUCUGGACAUUCUCUUUUGCCACAGAAGGCAGCAUAACAACAGGUCCCAGGGAGUAAGACAUGGACCUCUUUGGGGGGGGGGGUCAUUAUCUUGCCUACCACAGGAAGGAGAGGAAGGCCUCUCUGAGGAGGUUACAUUUGGGGUGAGACCCAGAUGACAAAAACAUAUGGGGGAAAAGGAGCCCAGAUAGCGAGAACUGGCUGCAAAGCCCUUGAGCCUGGGGCAAGCCUGGAGAUCCUGAGAAAGAUGCCAGCGUGACUGAAGUGAGCAUGCAGAGGGAUGCUAAAGAGGUAAUUAGGGUGCAGGUGCCUCAGCAUCAUCUCCCUCACGGAUAGGAGCAGGGGUGUCAUUCUCGGUGUGAUGGGGAGCUGAGACUUGUGUUUUUCACUGGACUGAUCCAUAUUCUCAAAUGGAAACAACCUCUCUGACAAUAAUUGUCUGAGUGCUGCUGUCCAGGAGAACUCGAAUGAGAGCCACAUUUGUCACACUGAAUCUUCUCAUGGCCACAUUUUGAAAAGUGAAAAGAAACAGGGGAAAUUAACCUUAAUGAAAGGAUUAACCCAGUACAUCAAAAUGUUAUCACGCCAACCUAUAGUCCAUAUAAGAAAUAUAUUAAUGAGAUAUUUUACCUUCUUUUUUUUUAGUGCUGUGCCUUCAGCAUCCGUGUAUGUUAUGCUCACAGCACAUCCCAGUUUGGACUGGCCACAUUUCUAGUGCUCAGUAGCCACCAUUGUUCCCUGGUGACUGUUUUGGGCAGAGCAUAUCCAGUCACUGUCCUUAGAGUCCUCUGUAGAGUCUACUCAGGUAGCAUUUGAAAAGUGGUGGAUGGUGGGGGUGUCACGGAGAACGUGGAGCUUGUGUCGUGCCCAUUAACCAUCCCCAACUUCAGAGGCUCUGAGUAGGCCACGGGGAGCAAAGGAUGGACUCGAAGAUUCUGGAAAGGAGUUUGUCCCCUGGUUGGGCUGGCAGAGCUCAUUCCCAGACCCCCAAGUUGACCCUGGCCUCCUAGAGCCACCAGGGAACAUGUGUCUCUGUGUGAUAGGUCUCAAGGAUCACCCUGCUGGCCACCCCUCACACCUUCAAUCCCCUGAAGAAGUUUUAGCCAAAGCCAGACGUUUUUGCAUUUCUUUGUAGACAGGGCCGUUUAUUCACCUCAUUAUACCACUAUUACUGAAAACAAGGGUGGAGGUCAAGGAACAGGAAAGAUUCAAUGAAGCAAUGAGAGGGUAUCGGUUGCUAAGGCAAGAAUUACAUCCCAGACACUUCCACCUAUACCCCUGCUCUCUUGUGCUCUUGCGAUGACCCCAAUAUUAGCUGUGAGAGUCGAGCCCAAAGAGAUUAGUACCAGCAGAACAUCAUGUGCAUCCACUUGGAUUUUUUACAGUGAUAUUAAAUUAAACGGGUUUAUGAAACAGAAAAUAAAGAUCUAAAUUAAACAUGUAGGUCAUGAUGGUUUGCAUAAAGGCCAACUUAUGAGAAACAAUAAAAGUAGCAGCAGCUUUAUCAGCCUUUCCUAUGUAGAACCAGUGAUCUGCGCUCCAUGCCCAGCUCUCCGGAGAAGGGCUGGUGCCGAGUUCCCUUGUGAUGACAGGUUUGGUGGGCAGGCCUCUUGACCCUGACGUCUGGGCUGUGGGUACCAGCAGCCCCAUCAGAAGGGCAGUUUGGCCAUGUUGAUGUAGAGUGGCAAAAAUUCUAAUGUGCAAAGACAGAGGUGGCCUCAGUGAGGAUUUGGGGGCCUUAGAACAGCAGUCACAUUACCAGUGUCUCUAAUUAGGGUGCCUGCAAUCUGGCGCAAUUUAUAUCUGCCUUCCCAAAAGGGGUGGAAUGUUUCCCUCUAAUAUAACAUAGCAUGAGUCCUCCUUGGAUGAAUUUUCCAAAAUUAUAAGGCCGUGGUAGUGGGGACGGGGGAGGAGGAGCAGCUAUGACAUAGAAAUCUGUUGCCUUGAAAAUCAACUGUGAUCUUUGCAAACAGUGGGUUUAUUAACAAAUAUUUCUCUGGUACCUGGGAAGUGCUACCUUCUGGAGGGACUUCAAAAGCACAAGGUUCUUACUUUCCAAAGGCUUCAGACCAGGUUGGAAAAAAAAAAAAAUGACUAUGCAAUGAUAAAUGUAACAGCACAUGGUGCCAGUGUGGUACAUAGAAUCAGGCUCUGGCCUGAGAAUUGGUAGAUCUGAAUUCUGCCGCUAAGCCGCUUCAGAAUCCUACUCCCAUAAGUCUAGUUAUCCUCUAAAUAGGAGCCAUAUCCUGGAUCACCCAAGACUCAGUUCCUGGGGAUCAGAAGUCACCUUACCCUUCUGGACCGCAGGAUCUUCCUCUAAACAUCAGAAUGUUGAAUGGGCUGUGAUGGUAAUAAUAAUAGUAGCUCCAUUUAGUAAGGGCUGACUUUGUGCUCAUGAUUGUGCCAUGUGCUUUACAUGAAUUAACUCCUAUAUAUCUAAAGCACACUUAACUAAGAGAUGGGUUCUAUUAUUCCUAUUAUAUAGAUGAGAAAACUGAGAUGUACCUUAAGUAAUUUACCCCAAAUCAGAGCGUUGACUGAUACACAGCUGGGGUUUAGCUACAAGGCUCUGAGCCUAUAAAGUUUGGGAUCUAAAUAAAUGCCCUGAAGCCCAUCCCAGCUGUCACAUUCUUCAGUUGUGGGGACCUUUUCUACCAUGGGAAGGUUACUUGGGGGACUAAAAAGGGUAAAGACCGAUAGAGGAAACCAUGUUGCCAUAAAACAAACCAAGCUCGAGCAUCAUCUGUGGCUCAGAGAACUCAGACCUAACUGCCUCAGAACACAGGAGGCUCAAGUUCAGCAUCUUUUUCUGGAAUAUCCUGAUCAGUCAGUGCAGGUAUCUCAGUUGAUGUUCAUGGGACACUGGUCAUUCAGCAAAUGAGUCCCCAAAAAGGGACUUCAAGGCUGCUGCAUGACAAGUCUCACCUUUUCAAUCAUUUUCGUUUUACACCCAUCUCGGCCACAGAGGGGGCGGCGAGGGGAGGGGGGAGCUGUGAAUUUCACUCUGGCCAUCAUGUUUUGUGAGGACGUACGCAUGAAUACAGAUUGGCACCCACAAAGUCUUCGCUCUGUGACAACGGUGGGUUCGGUUUCCUCUGCUUACACAACCAAUGCCGUCUGAGGCCACUUGGGUUUAGAUGGUGCAUUGGCCGCAGGCUGUUUCGUUAUGUGUUGCCCAGUUACCUUGGCUUCCUGCACAUUCUCUUGAGCAGAUGGUUCAUCUCCUUAUCUCAGAGGAUUUUUUCCCCAAGUGUAGCCCCAGAGUCAAGAGCUUUGAUACCAUCAAGGCAAGAAGGCAUUAAACCACCCUUGGUGUAGUUGUUUCAGUCGUAUUUUUUCAUGUCUGCUUCAUGAAAAGAUGAUGCGGUUAGAUUCGAGCCUGGCCUUGCCAAGGGUAUUGUGUGUGCCUGGGGUUACCCACAUCAUCACGUGGCUUACCUUCUUUUGCACUGUGGUGAUCUUAUCUUCUUUGCUGCACCUACCAUCAAGCACAAGCUUCUCCCAGCUUCUGUGUGUGUGUAUGUGUGUAUGUAUGUUUGAGUGCACACACACACACACACACACACACACACAUGCAUUCAGGUGUGCAUGGACUUUUGCUCAUGGCAGCAGCUUCUAAAAUAAUACUUGGAGUUCCCUUUGGGCUCAGUGGUUAAUGAACCCAACUAGGAUCCAUGAGGAUGAGGGUUCGAUCCCUGGCUUCACUUAGUGGGUUGGGUAUUCAGCAUUGCUCUGAGCUGUGGUGUAGGUCACAGACUUGGCUCGGAUCCCACGUUGCCGUGGCUGUGGUGUAGGCUGGCAGCUGUAGCUCCGAUUUGACCCACAGCCUGGGAACUUCCGUAUGCCGUGGGUGUGGCCUUAAAAAAGCAAAUAAUAAUAAUAACACUUUAUCAUUCAUCUAUAAUGAGUCCUUUGCUAAGCUCUUAGGGGAAAAACAAAAAACACCUUUAUUGGCUUUUCCAUUUAGAAAUUUGGAACAAAGUUUCCCUUAAGCAGACACAUUUCUUUUUAAUAUAAGCUGAUAAUUCUGCUGUUCCUUCCAUGUGCCAGGAACUGAGCCAGCUACUCAGUGUGCAAAGAUAAAUAUGACUAAGCUACUGUCCUUGAGAGAUUGUGUACAUACCCAUGGAGAGAAAAUAUGUUAACAGAGGGCUAGAGUUCAACCUAGGGCAGGGGGGACAGAGGGGUGCCAUGAACAGAGUUCCGAAGACAGUUGAGGAGGACCAGGAGAUGCUAUGAAAAGGGGCAGACAUUUGAACUCCAUAUUCAAAGUCAAGUACAAGUUUGCCAGUUGAAGAAGGAAAAGAUAUUCCCCACAGAGGGAAUAGCACAGAAAUACUGAAGCUGUGAACAUGUGGGCUGUUUAGUGUGGCUGGAGCAGAGCAGGUAAAUGAGGAUGAGGCUAUAGAAAGAUGGACUGGUUCAGCCAGGGAAGGACUCUGUGCCCCGUCCUCAUGGAUGCUUUAGGAUUUAAAGCCGGGAGUUCCCAUUGUGGCUCAUCAGUAACAAACCCGACUAGCAUCCAUGAGGAGGCAGAUUUGGUCCCUGGCCUCCCUCAUUGGAUUAAGGUUCCAGCGUUGCCAUGAGCCGUGGUAUGUAGGUUGCAGAUGCAGCUCAGAUCUGGUGUUGCUGUGGCUGUGGCUGUGGCAUAGGCCAGUGGCUGUAGCUCCAGUUCAACUCCUAGCCUGGGAACUUCCAUAAGCUGUAGGUGUGGCCCUAAAAGACUAACAGUGCUAAUACUAAUAAUAAUUUUUAAAAAGAUUUGAAGCCAAUGGGUGUUACCAGAGACCCCAGAAAAAUCAAGAGGAGACUGGGAAUCUCACCAAAAUGAAGAGUUUUGCCCUCCUAGCGAGACAGAGCCAUGCCUGCUAGCUUGUCCCAACUGGGGGUCCUCCUUUCAUGGGUGACUGAACCCUCCUAGCACCUGGCCUGCCAUGGUCAGAGUGUGAGUGAGUCUUCAGUAUCCUUGACUCUUACUGACCACUUAAAAGACACAAGGGAAGAACUGUUGUUGUGUUUCACCUGGUCUUUGGGAAGCCAAUGGACACUUAACCCUGACCCCCCUUGGAAGCAGUUGGUUUGCGAGGCUACAGCUGCAAGGCUCUAGGGUGAGGGAAGGAGCUGGAUGCCUGGGAGACCCACACCCGCAGUCUUGUCUGAGCUUUGCCGCUCUCAUGCUUGGAUAAGUCAUUUCUCCCCAGGCUCCAGGGAGCUUAUCUGUAAAAUGAGGGGCUGGACUCUACGGGUUCUAAGGGCCCUCUCCUGUCCCAUGGGAGUCUUCCAUACCUCUUUAAUUUCUAGGAAAGCUGAGUGGUCUGUGAUGUGCUCCAUGUUAACCAGGUGGCUCUGAAGGCUUUUGUGCCCUGAACAAGGGGAAAAAAAAAUCACCCAGUGGUCCCUCCCUGCAUCUCCCUGGAGCAACAUAGCAGGAGGUGGGGACAGAACCUCACUUUCUGCCUUGGUAGUCCCUGGGUUUGUAACUUUGGAGAGCAUAUGCCUCCACCCCGCUCCCAGCCCCCAGGGGACAGAGCUUCCUAAGGGAAGCAGGAGGUGAAAAAGGAGGGCGAUGUGAGAAGGAGGUGGUAGCCCCAGGAUGGUGUGGAGGGCAGGAGAGGCCUCCUCCCAGGACACUGGUUCAGGCAGAGGGGGCAAUGGAGAGAGCUGGGGCAUGAGCAUGGGUUUUGCUAUCCUGAGACCCGGACUCCAGUGCUGAGCCCACUUCUGACUCGAGGUACAGCCUCCCUUUGUCUCUACCGACCUCCUUUCCUCUGUGAAAUGCAAGGAAGAGAGGUCCUAGGACUCUCAGGAGCACAAACUCAGAUAAGGCCUGGUUCCUGGUGUGUGAUAAGUGUCCCAUAAAUGGUAGCUUUUAAAAAAAAAAUCUAUUAUUUUUAAUGUCUAGAAAAGUAAGUUAGGGCCAGAAUGCAGAGGCCUCUGUCUGCCAGAGCAAGUUUCGACUUUAUCCUGCCACCCCUUGGCUAGCCACUGAGGGGAAUCCGGCAGGGAGUGGCAUUUAAAAAGCUGGUGCUGGGGGAAUCUCCACGUGUCACCAAUUUGGGGCAGAUAUGAAAAAGCAGGCUGGGUCACUUUGCUGUACAGCUGAAAUUGACAGAACAUUGUAAAUCAACUAUAACUUAAAAAAGAAGAAGAAAGAAAAAAACAGAAAUGUCGGUGAUGAGGUUCUGUUAGUGUCCAGGAAAGGUGGCUGAGACCCCCGGGAGGUGGCAGAGGGAAUGAAAUGGAAGACAAAAAACAAAAACAAAGAAACAGAACACAAGAGGGGACGGAGUGGGAUGGACUGGGAGUUUGGGGUUAGUAGAUGCAAACUGUUACUUUAGAAUGGCUAAGCAAUGGGGUCCUACUGCACAGCACAGGGAGCUAUGUCCAAUCUCUUGGCGUAGAACAUGAUGGAAGAUAGUAUGAGAGAAACUGUAAAUAUUUGUACGACUGGUCCACUUUGGGUACAGCAAAAAUUGGCACAGCAUUGUUAAUCAACUAUACUCUUUAAAAAAAAAAAAAAAAAAAAAGGAGCACCGUGGCUGAGAAGUAAGGGGUGGGCACUCUGCCUGCAGGCAGUAGAGGAGUGAAGGAGGACAUUCCUUUUGAGGAUGUGCCCUUGAGGGCAUCUCCCUAAAUCCAGGUGUGGAGGGGAGGCAGGACAACUUUCUUCUCCAUCCUGGGGGUGGGGAUUGCCACCCCAGGGGACCAGACCCAGGUCCUAAAACCCUGGUGUGGUCUUGGGCACAUUGUUUGGUUUAUCCCUUGUAUCCUGCUUUGUCCAGAAAGGGCUUGAGAUGGUUUUCUACCUGAGGAAGUAAGUCGUUGACCCUUUUCUCAGAGGUAAAGAUGAAUUGAAGUAAUAAUUACCUAAGAAAAGGGGAGAGAGACAGUAGAGGAAAAUGCUGGGGAGUGGAGAAGGAUUCCACAACCACUGACAAGGGAGGGGGUGGUGUUUAUUCCCAAAACGUCGACUCUUGGCUUCGAAUUAAGAUUGUACCCUUUCUCAUCUCCUUUUCUGAGAGCAGAAUCCCUCCCAAAGGGACAGAAAAGCCAGGUUCUUUGACCUCUUUUCUCACUUGCAGAAUAACAGCGAGGGUAUUUCUCAAUGGUAUUUUUAACCUUCCUUUUCUCUGUAAUGGAAUAAGCAAUGGCAGGUGUUCCGUCUAUAGGACCAGAACAACUCCCAGGAAAGGGUGAGAGGGAGGGAGCAAAGGAGAAAAAGCCAGAAAGAGCAACCCAAAGGGGGAAAGAGAGGGAGCGACCCAUGGCGGGUAGGCACUGCCGGGUGACCCGCUGGUUGGAUGGCGGUGGCGGCAGCUGCCACCCAGCCCUCCAGCUUGUGGCUUUGCUUCCUCUGUCUUUCUCUCUAGUAGCACAGAAUCACUCAGCCCUCGAUUCCUGAGGCUUUCACACCCCUAAGAGGUUUGUCAGGGCAGCUUGCAGGACCUGAGGCCCCGAGAGGGUUGGUUGACAGCGGCCGUGAGAUGUUUGGGGUCUCUGGGCAAGUGCCCUUUCGGCAGAUAGGGUCGGCUGCUGGGAAGCCAGGGAGAAAACACGAAAAAGUCGUUUCCUGCAGGUCUCUGCUGCAUUUGCUAACAGAGAGUCGCUCAACAUGUGGUAUCUCAGUAACAAAGAAGACACAUACAUCUCAAAUUGAAAUUAUUCCAUGCAAGAUCUGUGGAGACAAAUCAUCAGGAAUCCAUUAUGGUGUCAUUACAUGUGAAGGCUGCAAGGGCUUUUUCAGGAGAAGUCAGCAAAGCAAUGCCACCUACUCCUGUCCUCGUCAGAAGAACUGCUUGAUUGAUCGAACCAGUAGAAACCGCUGCCAACACUGUCGAUUACAGAAAUGCCUUGCCGUGGGGAUGUCUCGAGAUGCUGUAAAGUUUGGCCGCAUGUCGAAAAAGCAGAGAGACAGCUUGUAUGCAGAAGUACAGAAACACCGAAUGCAGCAGCAGCAGCGCGACCACCAACAGCAGCCUGGAGAGGCUGAGCCGCUGACUCCCACCUACAACAUCUCGGCCAAUGGGCUGACGGAACUUCACGAUGACCUCAGCAACUACAUUGACGGCCACACCCCUGAGGGCAGCAAGGCAGACUCUGCCGUCAGCAGCUUCUACCUGGACAUACAGCCUUCCCCGGACCAGUCAGGUCUUGAUAUCAAUGGAAUCAAACCAGAACCAAUAUGUGACUACACACCAGCAUCAGGCUUCUUUCCCUACUGCUCUUUCACCAAUGGAGAGACUUCCCCAACUGUGUCCAUGGCAGAAUUAGAACACCUUGCACAGAACAUAUCUAAAUCACAUCUGGAAACUUGCCAAUACUUGAGAGAAGAGCUCCAGCAGAUAACGUGGCAGACCUUUCUGCAGGAGGAGAUUGAGAACUAUCAAAACAAGCAGCGGGAGGUGAUGUGGCAAUUGUGUGCCAUCAAAAUUACAGAAGCUAUACAGUACGUGGUGGAGUUUGCCAAACGCAUUGACGGAUUUAUGGAACUGUGUCAAAAUGAUCAAAUUGUGCUUCUCAAAGCAGGUUCUCUAGAGGUGGUAUUUAUCAGAAUGUGCCGUGCCUUUGACUCUCAGAACAAUACCGUGUACUUUGAUGGCAAAUAUGCUAGCCCCGAUGUCUUCAAAUCCUUAGGUUGUGAAGACUUUAUUAGCUUUGUAUUUGAAUUUGGAAAGAGUUUAUGUUCUAUGCACCUGACUGAAGAUGAAAUUGCAUUAUUUUCUGCAUUUGUCCUGAUGUCAGCAGAUCGCUCAUGGCUGCAGGAAAAGGUAAAAAUUGAAAAACUGCAACAGAAAAUUCAGCUAGCUCUUCAGCACGUCCUACAGAAGAAUCAUCGAGAAGAUGGAAUACUAACAAAGUUAAUAUGCAAGGUGUCUACAUUAAGAGCCUUAUGUGGACGACAUACAGAAAAGCUAAUGGCGUUUAAAGCAAUAUACCCAGACAUUGUGCGACUUCAUUUUCCUCCAUUAUACAAGGAGUUGUUCACUUCAGAAUUUGAGCCAGCCAUGCAGAUCGAUGGGUAAAUGUAUCACCUAAGCACUUCUAGAAUGUCUGAAGUCCAAACAAUGAAAAACAAACAAACAAACAAAUUAACCAAGACACUUUAUAUGGCCCUGCACAGACCUGGAGCGCCAACACACUGCACAUCCUUUGGUGAUCGGGGUCAGGCAAAGGAGGGGAAACAAAGAAAACAAAUAAAAGUUGAACUUGUUUUUCUCAUGCAUAUGAUUUCCAUUAUGCCUACAGAUAUGGACCCUUUUUCUGUCUCGACUUCUUGAUCGUUGACCUCUGUUCACAACAGAAGGCGGGUACUAAAGUUGGAGGAUGUCCUUUUCUUGUAGCUCACUGCCCACAGACUUUCGACAGAGUCACCAAUCUGUCAGUAACAACAGAGAGUCCAGCACUAAUCGGUGACUGGUGUGCAUAGCGGAGGUUGCGGCAUUACUUUGCACAACUUGCUCUUUGUCUCAUGAAGGAAGUUUUUAUUUUUUCACCGAUUAUUGCCAGUCAGCAGGAUGGCACGAAAAGGGUCCAUAGCACUAGCAACAAUAGCAUUAUAAUAUAUUACAGGGUAAAUGGGCAUGAAGACUAUAUAUAGCUAAAAGAGAUAUUGUUUAUAUAUUGUUUUAAUUAAUAUAAAAUGUAGUUACUGGUGUAGCUUUUCCUGUUGAAUUGAUAAGGCACUUUCAUUUUGCACCUUUUUUCUUUAAAUUAAAUGCUAGCGUGUUCACUGUCGUGUCGCAUGUGCACCAGAAACACAAGUUUAACUGAGAAGGCUUGGAAGGUACGUUGGGAGGUAUUUAUGCUGCUGUUUACACAAUUACUUUUCAAAGACUGGCUGGUCAUAUCUAGAAAUCACGCUGUUGGAUUAAUUUUUUUUUAACAUGUGAGUUUGGAAUUAGAAAUGGAACUCUCCCUAAACUGUACUUGGCUUUUGGGCAAGUCCAAGGAUAGAUGUGUUUAUGCUUCAUACAAAGUUGAACGAUUGGUUCGUGCUGUGGACUUACACCCUCAUGCACAUCAUCUUUUAAAGCUUUUUAAAACGCCACCUCAUGGGGGCAGAGGAGGAGAGGCUUAUUUUACACAAUUGAGUAGUUAUGUAGACUCAGUCUCAACUUGGAACUCUUGUGCUUUGAGAGCAAUUCAGUAACCAGAGUAUUUCUUGGAAUCAAGAUUUGUAGGAAGAAGGACCCAAAGAUUAUAUCCAGAGCAAAUGCACACAUUUACUUUGUGAAUGUUUAUGUUCUUGGUACAGUCUAGAAACCCUGAGAGUUUAUCUCAGGGUGAACCAUUUCUAGACUAAUUGCCUCUAGAUGGUAUCAUGCUAGAACACUGUUCUGCAUAGUUCACUGUCAAUGGAUAGGAGGGCAAAGGAGGCAUAUGCUGUUGAACCAUUUCUCUUAUUUAAAUAUUAACUACUUUAAGCCUUUAAAGUGAAGUCGAUGCAAACAGCAAACAUUGACUUUGGUAUUUAUCUCUGUUUAGAAAACUGUGGGUUGUAAUUUAUUUUAUUCAGCAGUUAGAAAGUUGUGUGGCGCUUGUGUUCAGGUGGGAAAUAAUUGACUUAUUUUUGUUUAAUUUCAUGUUUGUUUGUUUUUUAAGUAAUUCCCAGUGGAGGAGGAAAAGGAACUGGAAAAGGAACAGUCUAGCAGACAAGUGUGCAUAUUUUAAAAUAAGUAACUUUGGGGCAUGUAGGCAUUUAGAUGAUUUUAGUCACACUCAGAAUGGGAUUCAGACUUCAGGUCUGACCUCAAAGACCAUGUUUCUACUGAAAAGAGGACAUCUUCCCAUAGUGUAAAGGUGGGAGGUUCCAAGCAGCCCUUGACAGAGAAGAAAGUGUCUUCUCUACCACCAGGGUCCUUCCUGAAUCUUCUGCAGAAAUUCAGUUCUUGAUGUCUGCUGGGUCAGCACGCACAAGCUCCCCAGCACCCUCCACGCUGUCUUUAACUCUGCUGACUUUCUGACUUGUUUCCUAAGAGACUUGGAAAACGGGAAGAGAUUAGUCACACAGAAGUGUGUAUGAAGCCUAAAUAACAUCUAAAAGAAGUUUUUUCAAAAUUAUAGUAAGGGCUUAACCAUAAAUAGAAGAGCAGAGUAAUAUUUACUUAAAAUUUCUUACAGGCAUAUAAAACUUUGUAAGCGUGUUUAUAUAGAGAAGUAACUAUCAACCUAUAGUAUUUAUAUUUGGGCAAGAAGGGUUAAAUCAAAUUCUUAAUUUAAAUAAACAUAGUUCCUUUAAAGAUCAAUAGUAUUUAUACUCUGAAAAGAGUAACAAGCUUACUUCAGUUAUUUAUUUGUCCUUUUUUUUCCUUUUGUUUCUCCUUUGGGAAGGAAACACUGUGUCUUUAUUUUGGUUUGGUUUUGGGGUUUUUUGUUUAUUUUUGUUUUGUUUUUUUUUGUUUUUUGUUUUUUUUUUUGUCAUUCUGCUUCACUAAAUUUGGGGAGGGUUUAAUUAAAGUGUAUUAACUUCUUUUUAACCAAAGCGUUCUGAAUAUGACCAGCCUCAGGUGCUAGCGUAUUAAAGAGCAACUAAACCUAAUUCCAGUGUCCAUUUGUGAAAUGAUGAGAACUAAUUUAACUUCUCUGAGGGUGAGAGAGAACACAAUGUUGAAUUUAAAUUUGUUUUCCCAGAAAGGAUUUUGCUUGUACCUAAUGCAAAAAAAGAAAAAAAAAUGAUACUCUAAACUCAGCAAUAGUCACACCAUGGUGACAUGCUUUUAGAGUAAACCAAGAUACAUUGACAUGAUGCUGCUACUAGGUCUUUCUGAAAGAAAAACAGGGUGUGGACUUUAAGAGCAAAGUACAUCGACAGUGGAGGAACAGAGUAGUAGAGGCGUGCUCGGUGGAAUGAGGGAACAACUAUUAUUCGGACUGAAGUUGGGAUCUGAAGUUAAAUAAUUUCUGUUGAAAAAAAACAUGAAAUACAUAGAAGGAUGUGAAAACCUUUGUAUUUUUGUUUUCUUCCUUAUUAUAGAAACACCUGUGUGAUGACACAAAAUGCUUCGUGAUACAGAACAAUUAUUCUUAAUAGUUCUUAUAAUUAAUAUUUCCUAAAUUUAAAUGUCCAAUAGUCUUUUAAAGAUUGAAAUCACAUCAGUGUUAUCCUGGAUGCGAUAAUGCCUUUAAUAAAACAUUUUUUUUGCAUAGGUUAAGUAAGGCUUUUGUAGAAAGCCUAAAUACCUUCAGUUACAGUGGUGUCCAGAUGGUUGCAUUAUAUUGCGAAGAAACUGGCCUUGGUCACAAUGAAAUCAAAAGUGCAGGUGAAAGUGCUUUUGUGGGCAGUUUGCAAAUUGUGGUUAAAGCUAUGGAUUUUUUUUAAGUGUUCAGCAUCCUAAUUUGCGUUAAAGCUAUAGGGGUUUUUUUGAAACCUUCAGCAUCCUGAUUCACCCUAACUUAAAGAAAAUAUGACUUAAGACACUGCUUCUAAGUUUGGUUGUUCUUUACAGUGUGGAUAUUCAGAUCUCUGUGAGCGUGUGGGGGUGGGCUGAGGGUCAGGUGAGAAGAGAGCGUGCGUGCGUGUGUGUGUCUGUGUGUGUGUGUGUGUGGUUUUCGUGUGUAUGGUGUGUGUGUGUAUGUGUGUGUGUCGGACCGCUUCUAGGCUACUAAGUGUCAAUGGAAAAGAAAAUGUAUUCAAAAUACUUAAAUCAAAAGUAGAAGAUGGAAAAAAAAAAGAUUUAUUCUAUACAAAGCCUUGUCUGGACCACUUUAGAGAGACUUCUAUUUUUUUAACCCUUCUAUAAAUAUUUGAUGGCACUUGAAAUAUUCCUGCAAUAAAAUGUGAUUUGUGUAAAGAAAAAAAAAAGAUUUUGUAAUGUGAAACAAAGAAAGAAAGUAAUGUAAUUUUCUAAAAAAAAAAAUACAAACAAACAAACUUUGUAUUAUUUUCUUGAUGGAAUUUUGUCUAUCUGUCUUUGGAAAACUUUUUAUUUCAUUGAAUGUGCCAUAGUAGAAAUAUAUGUUUUUAGUUUUAGACUAAGGAAUAGCUGUUUGUGUUCCGACAUUCCAAAAUGCAAAACAACCUAGUAGAAUCUUUAAUGAAAAGGUUUAAGUAAGAUGUAAGCUUCUCUCAUUGUUGCUUUUUUGCACAUGUUCUUCAUUCCUCUCUAGUGCAAUAUGUACAUAGAGCACUUGCGGGUGUACCUUGAUCCCUCAGGGAAAAAUACAUAUUUGUACAGUUUUUUUUGUUUGGUUUUUUUGUUUGGUUUUUUGGUUUUUUUGCCUUUUGUUUUUGGCUAAGGAAUGUCGAUUGGAUCAUGUGUUAUUGUUGAGGGGCAGCCAGAUAAUAAUCCUAAAGCCACUGUUUCAAACAUUGAUUGUUUAAAUCGUGUGUCCUUCCAGUACUAUUAUUUGAAGAUAAUAAUUAUAAUAAUAAAAAGUUAUUUUCUGACAGUUCUUUGUGCUGAUUGGUGAACAAAAAGGGUAAUUAAGCACCUUAGAUUGACUUACUGUGAAUGACAAUCCAUCUUGCUAUCAACAAUAGAAGCCCUAUCAUUUUGGAGUUGGGGUUAAGAGUCAGAAACAAUGUGCUCAGGGAUCCUCUAAAACUCUUAAAACAGGGUGGCCAGUACUACUGGGACAAAAUUGUGUUUUGUAUUGUUAAUAAUAAUGAUAAUACUAUCCCUCCAAGGCACAAGUGAACUGUGUAGAACUGCGUGUGUGUGUGUGUGUGUGUGUGUGUGAACUCUUCACUGUCAUUCAUUUUGUUGAGUUCAAGUUGUAUGUGUUCUUCAGUCUUAUGUGCUUAAAAACACUGAAUAAAUUCCAAAGCAGUAAAAAGUGAUGCCAGCAUGUUCAAAAGAUAAACUCAUAAGUAAUAUACCAACAAAAAGCAUCAUUCAAAAUACAGUUCUGCAUAUUCCACUUACCCUUUCUCUCAGUAGUCUUAGUCAAUAUGCUUAUGGCAUUAGAUAUGAAAAACAAUUUCAAAUUCUACAUAGGAUGGAUGAACAUUUUAAAAAUCAUGACACGAGAGCCCUCCCUAUCAGUGCAGUGAGAGAGGUAAAGGUGGAUACAUGUUUCUUUUUUUUUCCCCUAAAUUCCAGCAAAUAACUCAUUUCACUGUGUUCUCCUCUAGAAACAAACCAAAAAAUUCCUUUAUAUAACGCAAUUCUUCUACUUCUGCAUUGGUAGUUUUUAAUUUGUUAAAUUAAUACAAGACCUAGUAUUUGAAGACAAACAAAUCCACCAGUAAAACAGCAGUGUGAGACAGCUUUUAGGGUUACAUUUUAUGGUGGGUUUUGGGGGUUUUUUUUUGUUUUUUUGGUUUUUUGGUUUUUUGGGGUUUUUUGACUGCAGUGUGCAGCAGUUUGAUGUUGAAUCUCAAUUGCCAGACCAGGGAUUGAAUCUGGGCUGCAGCAGUAAAAGCACUGAGUUCUAACCACUAGACCACCAGGGAACUCCCACAUUUUACAUUUUUUUGAAAUGCAUUUUAAAAUAUUUUGAAAGUAAUAUUUCCUUAUAUUACUUUCCAUAAGAUCAGUGAACCUCAGUGUAAUUGUUGGCUUUGAUUCUUCCACACCUGGAAUACCCAUUCAAAAAGAAGCUCUGUAUGUUUUCUUACCACCAUGGCAGAGCAUAAGUUGGGAUGACUCCAUUUGGUUUAGAUAAAAAUGAAAUCAUUACCUUGCUUAUUUUGAUAAUAAAGACUAUGUAAAAAUGGCAGAAAUCUUUUCUCUCCCCCCCACCCUCAUAGACAGACACACUCACACAUAUACAUAUAUACACACAGAGGUUUUUGACAUGUUUAUAUAUUGUGACAUUUUGUUGCCACUUCUUACUUAUAAAGAUAUGACACAGCAGAAUCCCAUAAAAAUAACUUUAUACUAUGUGUGCCCAUAAACGCAGUUGCAGCAGUAAAUGUCCACCGGUUGCUAAAAGUCUUUGAUGCAGAUCUUCAUUGUAUUCCCCAAACACUAGUAUUACUAAAGAGGUUCCACCAGAUUUUAUGAAAGAGACCUUCCUAUCAUUAUUCAUUCUUAAGAAAAGAGAAGGCUGGCAAGCAAUGUCUUUAAAAAGUAAUCGGUUUCACUUCUGGGUCUAUUUGCUUGUUUGUUUGUGUAAGUGACAUCAUUUUUGUCAGGCUCUCAGUGCAAUUUUUAAAAUAAAUCAGAAGCCUGGCUUCAUACCAAGGAGACAUCAUAGAUGGGGCAUCUCCAUGUUUAACCAGACCCUCAGAACUUAGAGCAAUAAAUACAUUCAUUUAUUUAUUUAUGGAUGAGUGACAGAAAAUUCAAUCCAAAUAGAAACAGUGUGUUUUCAGCAAUGCAACAUAACAUGGAGUCUUGUGUUAAGAAAGUGACUAUGAGAAUUUUCAAUAGAUGCCUAGAAAAUCCGUGUUUGCUGUUGACAUUUAGUGUGUUUGCCACUUUAGCAAUAUCACACUUCUUUUUCUUUUUUCCUUCAAAAUGCUGAUGAAAGAUAGCUUGGUAUUAGCUUUGACAGCUGCAUGUGCCAUUAUGUUGUUCUCUAAGAGCAAUUAAAUUCUCUCCAGUGUUCGUGUGUGAUUCCUUUCUCACUAUUACUUUAAUGUGGAUGAAUACUAUUUCUAGGAACUUGGUUAUUGAACAGAUUGCAUAUGUAAAUGCAGAUAAUUCUUGAGCAAUAUAGUGAAUAUGAUUUCACAAAAAAAAAAUCCGUAUGUACUGUACACAUCUUCUUGAAUCCAAAAUUCUCUUCUUAUCCACAAUGGUUUGAAAUCUCAUCUACAACAGUGGUAAAUUUUUAAACAUUAGGACAUUAGCUGGCUGCUUCUUUAAAUGUACCUGUAUUGUCUGCCUGCUCCUUUUGUGGAGAUGUGUUUUUGUAUUGGAUGUUUGGGCCAAUGGGAGGCUUCAAGCUACAACAUAUUUUCCCAGUUUAAAUAUAUUUAACAUAUGACAAACCCCAGACAAGGCUUUUAAUAUGUAUAAAGAACUGCAGUGUUAGGUGGUUUAUUUGCAAACCGUUUUCAAUGUUGUCCAUUUUUAUGGCACCUUUAACAAUAUUCUUGUUUCCAAAGUACAAAGAAAAAAAUAGGUUAAAUAAUCUAGCCAUAACUGAAUGUCAAGCAAUAAAACAAAUGACUUUUGUGCAUAGACUUAAAAAAAUACAAAUUUUAGACAUCUGCAUGUAAAUGCAAUCUCUUGUUUACUGCUUUCUUCAACUUGAGCAAUUGAUUCCUUAUUUACUAUUAACUUAAGAACUUGUAAUGGCCUGUAAACAUUUUCUCUCUUACUCUUCUUUCAAAUUUACCUUCGUCUCUGCUUUUGAGUCAUAAUAUUUAAUGUUGUUCUGCACAUCUCUAUACAGUUAACUUUUUGGCUUUCAUUCUGUAUAGAUAAGAAAAAUGUUAUAUUAUAAACAGCCUACUCAGUGCAAAUAUUUAUCUGUUUAUCAAAUCCACAAUAUGCUGUAUAAUACUGGUUUUACUAUAUAAUCUAUUUUAGACAUAGCUGUUUAGAACUAGAGUGUGCUAUUUUUGUGUUUUUCUGAUGUGUGGUGCUAGAUACGUUACUUUUGUGAACAACAACAAAAAAAACCCUUUUAUUCCUAGACAAUACCACCUUUGGGUCUUGUUAAUUUCACUGAGUAUAACUAUAUAUUUGUAUAUAUAUACAUAUAUAUAUAUCUCUACCUGUGCCCAACUGGCAGCUGUAUCAGAGUGCUGGAUUUGGGACAUGCUUUUCUCUUUAAAUACAUAAUAUCAUUAUAUAAAUUAUUCUAGAGUGUAUUUAAUUAGGAUAAAAUUACUUCCUUAGUAUGGAUAUUUGACAUCUAUAGGGUGAAUUUGUUUAUAAAUAUGGAUAUAUGAAAAUGUAUUAGCAUUUACUUUAUGUUUGCUACUUGGCUUUAUACCGUAUCUCCUAAGCUGAAAAAUAAUUUGCCAGGCCUUCAAGAUCCUAAUGAAACACUCUAGUUUAAUGGAGUAAUAUUUUUUUCUUACUAAGGCACCUUAUUAUUGGCACCUGACAGAGUUGUGUACUUAGCUCCUAUUAUAGAUAAUAGGCAUUUAUAUAAAAUAUCCUUGGUGGCUUGAUGGCAGAAUAAACCUUUCCCCUCCUACCUGAGCCAUGAGAAGUAAAGAGAUGUCCACUAUUAUGGCAGAAUAUGGGCCAUAGAGCAAAUUUGACAAGGGAUGUUCUGUGUUCAUAUGACCUUAACCAGUUCUAUGAACUGAGUGAAGGACCUUCAUUUUAAAAGUCAUUUAAUAAUGAACUUAGUUAAACUCUUUUACCUAUUCUCCCAAGAUCUAUCGGCAUUGUUAAAAAUCAAAGUAUAUCAAAUAUCUAACUAAGGAUGUAGUUAACCUUAUUAAAUAUUGAUUAGAAUUGUUCUGUAAUAUUACUGAAUUUGUAAGAUCUUUAGCAAAGAUUUUUGAGCAAUUUAUAAAUAUAGAGCAAAUGUUUCUGUUUACUGCACUUUUUGUAAUUGAAGGUGAUAAAUUCUCGAGCCAUGGUUAUUGGCUUCCAUGCACUGAAUAUUUACCCACAAUUCUAGACAUUUUCCAUUUUUAUGGAAGAGUUGCUAUUACCUUAAUUAUAAAUGCAAUCAUGUGGUUAAUGAGAGCUCAUGCUAAUAGUUAACCUUUUAAAGUGAAUUGGCUACAGUUUAGAGAGAAAUCUCUUUUAAUACAAAUCACAUCAUUCCUUACUGCUUCGCUUAGAAAGGGACUAAGACCUUUUUUUUUUUAAGCAUCACUUAGUAUCCUAAACUUCUUGAGGAUAGAGAUUGUAUCUCUUUGUGUCUGCACAAUGGCCAGCACAUGUCAGCAUUUGAUAAUUGUUAAAUGACAACAAUUGUGCCCCAAUUCAAACUUUUUUCCUGGGUUGUUUUAGUAAAUUUAUAAAGUAUGCCAAGCCUUAUGGUUAACACUUUCUUCUAAAAUCAAGUAUUAAAGCCACAUUUUAAAAGACCACAUGAAAUGCUGAUUCUAAUUGUGUGUAGGUCUUGAGGAUUAAGCACACAAAUUUCACAAAACUCUGUGAGUAACAAACUCAGCCUUCUGUAAAUAUACAUGCAAGUUUGGAAACAGUAAUACUGUACCUAUAAAUAUAUGCUGUCUGUUUUGUGUACAGUAUGUAAAAAUUCCUUUUCUGCCACACUAAAAAUGCAAGCCAUUUAUGGGAAUCCUAAAAAAAGUAUUGUACUAAAACUUUGCUAAUGAUCUUUAUUAGAGGAUCAUCCAACUUUUCACUUACAUUGGGUUUUUCUUUUCAAUUCACUCUUAUGGUAGUCUGCUUAUUUCCAGCUGUUUGUUAUUUUAUUGAGUCCUGAAUUUAAAAAAAAAUAUUUUGAUUCAUUUUGUAAAUACGAGCUGUAAAAAAAAGAGAGAUUUAAUGUUGUCUUUUAAAUACUCCGAUUUUCAUUCUAAUAUGAAUGUUGUUAUAUUGUACUUAGAAACUGUACCUUUAAUAUUACAUUACCUUUAUUAAAAGUGCAUUGAACACAUCAAUUUUAGAUGUGCUUUAUGUACUGUUAUCCUAUAAUAAAAUUUCAGCUUCUAAUGGAA